CUAUGUCGUCGAGGUUUGGCUGGGGAGGGAAGUGACGUGGUGAAGACCACCCUGCCAACGCGCGCGCGCUAGCGGUGGCGUAAAGUGGCAGGGGUGGGGGAGGCGGCGAAUUGUGCGUUUAAGGUCGCAUCGGCGGGCUUUUAUAAGUGGCUGUCCUCUGUGACCUUCUGUCCUCGUCAGCUGUGCAACGUACCUUUUCUUAUCCGAGUGCCCGGCGUUUUGUAGUUAUACUACAAAGGAAAGCCGCUCCGUUGGAAUACGGCCACUAGCCGCCUGUGUAUGUGUCGUGAUUGUUUGCCGACCUGAGGUUUGCGUAUAGACUGCACCGAGGCGACAACCUUCGCAAGCAUGUCGACUUACUACGAGAAGCGAGCGAUGUAUGGACACAGCCGGAAGAACAGUGACAGCACCGAGUUCAAGGAGAUGUCCAAGGCGGACGCCCAGGCGCACCUGGCACAGGAGCUCGAGAAGCUCUGCCGCACGGCUAGCGCCGCCGAGCGCGAGACCGUCGAGGCCGAGUUUCGCGGCUUCCAGCACCUCUUCCACAAGUUUGUCAAGGACACCGGCCCAGCCAUCGUCUGGGACAAAAUCCAGCCUGUGCCCGAAAAUGCGGUACUGCAAUCACCAUUUGGUGAUUUUAGCAAAGUGGUACAUGAAGUUAGUCGUGAACAAACGGUCAUCAAGUAUGAAACACUGCCAGCGCCAACGGAGGAGGAGGCCAUCCGGUCCAUGCUCAACAAGCUGGUGGUGGUGAAACUGAAUGGCGGCCUCGGCACGAGCAUGGGCUGCAAGGGCCCAAAGUCCGUGAUCCCCGUCCGCAACGACCUCACCUUCCUGGACAUGACUGUGCAGCAGAUUGAGUACCUGAACAGGACGUACAAUGCCAACAUGCCGCUGGUGCUCAUGAAUUCGUUCAACACUGACGACGACACGUCCAAGGUCCUUCGCAAGUACAAGGGCUUCAAGGUCAAAAUAUACACCUUCCUCCAAAGCAGGUAUCCUAGAAUAAACAAGGAGACCCUCAUGCCCAUCGUGACCUCACUGAGUACGCCGUGCGAUGAAGGCUUCUACCCUCCCGGCCACGGAGACUUCUACGCGUCAUUCUGCCAGUCGGGGCUCAUGGACCACUUUCUGACGGAAGGUCGCGAGUACUGCUUCAUCUCCAACAUUGACAAUCUCGGUGCCACGGUCGAUCUCAGCAUCCUGAACAUGCUUCUGUCCACGAGCGGCAGCCAGGCCCCCGACUUUGUCAUGGAAGUCACCGACAAGACGAGAGCCGACGUCAAGGGUGGCACGCUGAUUCAGUACGAAAACAAGCUUCGUCUGCUCGAAAUUGCGCAGGUUCCCAAGGAAAAUGUCGACGAAUUUAAGAGUGUAAAGAAAUUCAAGAUCUUCAACACAAACAACCUGUGGAUGAAGCUGAGCAGCGUUGGCCAGUUGGUCGAGACCGGUGGCAUUGACAUGGAGGUCAUUGUUAACAACAAGACCCUGGACUCGGGCGUCAACAUCAUUCAGCUCGAGACGGCAGCUGGAGCAGCAAUGAAGGACUUCCAGAACGCCAUUGGCAUCAACGUGCCGCGCAGUCGUUUCCUCCCGGUGAAGAAGACCUCUGACCUGCUGCUGGUGAUGAGUAACCUGUACCACAUGAAGUUUGGCACUCUGGUAAUGAGCCCCAAACGUGCCUUUCCCACCGUGCCCCUCAUCAAGCUGGGGGACAACCACUUCUCCAAGGUUCGAGAUUUCCUGAACCGGUUUGCAAGCAUACCGGACAUUUUGGAGCUGGACCAUCUGACGGUGUCGGGCGAUGUCACUUUUGGCAAAGGAGUCUCCCUCAGGGGCACAGUGAUCAUCAUAGCCAACCACGGUGACCGGAUCGAUAUCCCAGCAUCAGCCGUGCUCGAGAACAAGAUUGUGUCUGGCAACUUGCGCAUCCUGGACCACUAAGCUGGC